AUUGUGUGUUCCCUUCCGACGGAAAGGUGACGGGAAAAUGCGUAAAAUGCUGCUUUACUGCGUACCGUGCUAAUAAUGUUUCUUAAGAAGUGUUUUAACAACAACGUGUGCGUCUUUAGAAAAUUGGGUUCCCCGGAAGCGACGACAGUUUCUGGCGUGAUUGUGAGCCUCUGCUAAAUUGUGAUGGUGUAAAGAAAGGAAAGCUAAUAUUUUUUCCCCUAAAAAGUGUGUGUAGAAGUAAAAAUUGUAUGAAAUUUGUGUAAUUUUGGUUGUUUCUUGUUUGCCUAUGUUUUGGUUCCAAAAAACCCGGUCCAAAUCUGUUUGCAAUCAAAUUCAGCAUUGCUGUGAUAUAUGAUUAUGCUGUGCGCGUAAAGACGACGACCCUCGUUCUUCGUCCGCGUGUUGUGCAUCCGUUUGCACUGCCGUGUUCUUUGCAUUUUCCCCUCCGAAGGGACCGUCCGUCAAGUGCAAAUGUGAUUUGUUGUCCUGAGAAGAAAUUGCGCUCGGGUGUUUCAUCUGGCGUUGUGCGCUUGAGGGUGCCUGCGUGUAUCUCUCUCUAUGUAUGUGUGUGUAUGUGUCAUUUAUGUAUGAGCAUUUCUCGACGCCGAAAAUCAUUGCCUGCUGCAACACAGUGCCGCCGGUCCGCGGCGAAGCUGUUUUGGUGCGGAAGUGCUAAAAAUAAAUUUCAAACCGAAGGAAACAAAACGUCAACCACACACGAAUUAAUUUUCCAUCUUCACUCCAUCUUCAACCGGGCUGCGCCCCGGGGAAAUCUUGCGCGCACACACACACACACACGCACGGAAUAUUAGACAACAUCUUUACCGCAUCGGUAGCCACCACCAGCCACUAAGCCCUCCUCCCACCCGCGUGUUUAUGUGUGUUGUGCGUAUGUGUGGGUUGGUGUGGGUUUCUAUGUAAACAAGAUGCAAUCAACAACGCACGAAAGGAGAAAAAAGAUGCAACCGCCGACGCAGCAUAACCAUAAACAACGGGAACGUACCGGACCGGGCAGGAAAAGCGUGGAACAAAGGCGCUCCGGACGGCGGAAAUCUCCAGGCAACAUGAUAUUGACUUCCGCCCUCGGGGCGCGUGAGCUGUUCCUUGCGACUUGUCUGGCCGUGCUGCUACAAUCACAGCAAUGUAGCGGUGCGGAUCUAGUAAUAGAAAUCCCGGGCAAUCAGGGUCUGGAUGAUUCAUUUUACCGGCUCGACUACUACCCACCGAUCGGCAAUCCGGCAUCGAACGCAACGAUACCGUCGCGGGACGUUGGUGAUGAGAUACAGUUCACCAACGGGCUACCCGGCACACGGUACAACUUCUGGCUGUACUACACAAACUCCACCCAUAAGGAUUGGCUGACGUGGACGGUAUCGAUCACGACGGCACCGGACCCACCGGCCAACCUCACCGUGAUACCGCGCAGUGGCAAAAAUGUCAUCAUCAACUGGAGUCCGCCGACACAGGGCAACUAUUCGUCGUUUAAGCUGAAGAUUCUCGGCCUUUCGGACAACUUCGCCACCAACCAGACGGUCGCGAUCGAGGAUAAUCAGUUCCAGUAUAUGGUGCGGGACCUAACGCCCGGCGCCACGUACCAGGUGCAGGCGUACACGCUCUACGAUGGCAAAGAAUCGGUGGCGUAUACGAGCCGCAACUUCACGACAAAGCGCUAUCGGCACAAAGAUCUGCUGGACAUUAAGAUUCUGCGAGAGCCUAAUACACCGGGAAAGUUUAUCGUGUGGUUCCGUAAUGAAACAACGCUGCUGGUACUAUGGCAACCGCCCUAUCCGGCCGGAAUAUACACCCACUACAAGGUAUCGAUCGAACCACCGGAUGCACUCGGCAGUGUGCUGUACGUGCAGAAGGAAGGCGAACCGCCCGGUCCAGCGCAAGCUGCCUUCAAAGGACUCGUGCCGGGCAGAGCCUACAACAUUUCCGUGCAAACAAUGUCGGAAGAUGAAAUAUCGCUACCCACCACCGCACAGUACCGUACCGUUCCGUUGCGUCCGAUGAAUGUAACGUUCGAUAAAAAGUCCAUCACAGAAAACUCGUUCAAAGUGAUGUGGGAAGCGCCAAAGGGCACCAGCGAGUUCGACAAAUAUCAGGUCUCGCUGUCCACGUCCCGGCGGCAACAAGCCGUGCUGCGAAAUGACAAUGAAAAUAUGGCGUGGUUAGAGUUUAAGGAAAAUCUCGACCCGGGCAAAACGUACCAGGUGGUGGUGAAGACCGUGUCGGGGAAGGUAACGUCCUGGCCCGCCAACGGUGAGGUUACGCUGAAACCGCUCCCCGUGAAGCAAUUGCAAUCUUCGACCGAUGGCAAGACGGGCAUUAUUACCAUCUCCUGGAAGCCGGAUGAGCUGAGCACGCAGGACGAGUACCGCAUUAGCUAUCACGAGCUGGAAACGAAUAAUGGCGAUUCGAGCACGAUGAGCACCAAUCAAACCUCGUUUGCGUUGGAAACGCUGCUUCCGGGGCGGAACUAUUCCGUCACCGUGCAGGCACUGUCGCGCAAGAUGGAAUCCAACGAAACGGUGAUCUUCGUUGUCACGCGACCCUCGUCACCCAUCAUCGAGGAUCUGAAAUCUAUUCGCGAGGGGCUGAACAUUAGCUGGAAGAGCGACGUGAACUCGAAGCAGGACAAGUACGAGGUGACCUAUACGCGGAACGAUACCAACGACGGGAAGACGGUACUGACGACGGAAAGCCGGCUGGUGUUUACGAAUCUCUAUCCGGGCGCCGGUUACGAGGUGAAGGUAUUUGCUGUGAGUCAUGGAUUGCGCAGCGAACCACAUUCCUACUUCCAGGCUGUUUAUCCAAACCCACCGAGAAAUAUGACGAUCGAGAAGGUAACGAGUAAUUCCGUGCUCGUACAUUGGAAACCACCGGAGCGUUCGGAGUUCACCGAAUACUCAAUACGGUACCGCACGGAAAGCGAAAAGCAAUGGAUUCGGUUACCAUCUGUGAAAGCUACCGAAGCGGACGUUACCGAUAUGACGCCGGGUGAAAAAUACACCAUUCAGGUGAAUACUGUAAGCUACGGUGUGGAAAGUCCCAAUCCUCAGCAGGUGAAUCAAACGGUACGACCAAAUCCAGUGUCCAAUAUUGCUCCGCUGGUGGACUCCAACAAUAUUACCCUGGAGUUCCCGCGACCCGAGGGCCGGGUUGAAACAUAUAUCAUAAACUGGUGGCCAACGGAACAACCGGAGCAAGUAUCGAUGAAAAACUUCACUGAAACUAGCACAAUAUUACCAUAUCCAGGAACUCUCAGCGAAGACGAGAAAGUUGUGGAGGAACCUCCGCUCGUACGAUUGCUUAUUGGUGAUCUGAUUUCCGGUGUGAUGUAUAAUUUCAAAAUCCAAACCAUAUCGUACGGUUUGACAAGCGAUCUCACAAAGCUGCAGACGCGAACUAUGCCGUUGAUUCAAUCGGAAGUGGUGAUCGUAAACAAUAUGCACACGCGUGACACGGUUACACUGAGCUAUACUCCUACGCCGCAACAGUCGUCAAAGUUCGAUCUGUACCGUUUCUCGUUGGGAGAUCCGAGCAUUCCAGAUAAGGAAAAGCUAGCGAACGACACUGACCGAAAGGUGACGUUCACCGGACUCACUCCUGGUCGGCUGUAUAAUAUUACCGUCUGGACCGUUAGUGGAAAAGUAUCGAGCCAACCGAUCCAACGACAGGACCGUAUGUUCCCCGAUCCCAUUACGAUGCUUGAGGCAACAAGCAUCAAUGACACUUGGAUUGCGCUGAAAUGGGACAUUCCGAAGGGAGAGUACACAUCGUUCGAGGUGCAAUAUCUGAUGAACGAUUCCCACUACGUGCAGAACCACACGGUCAACAAUCACAUUACCAUUACUGAUCUAAAACCCCACCGUAACUACACCAUAACGGUUGUAGUUCGAUCCGGCACAGAAUCAAGCGUGCUGCGUGUUAGUUUGCCCAUUUCGGCAAACUUCCAAACCAAGGAAGCAUUACCGGGCAGGUUGGAUAAAUUCGCACCGAUUGACAUUCAGCCGAGUGAAAUUACCUUCGAGUGGUCGUUACCACCGAACGAACAAAAUGGUAUAAUACGCCAGUUUACCAUCACGUACGGGUUGGAUGGUUCGCAGCACACACAGGUGAAGGACUUCCGACCGAAUGAGCUGCGCGGUUCGAUCAAGGCGUUGCAACCCGGCAAAUCGUACGUGUUCCGCAUCCAGGCCAAAACGGCCAUAGGGUAUGGACCGGAGCACAUCUGGAAGCAGAAGAUGCCAAUUCUGGCACCACCAAAACCGGAAACACAAGUCGUUCCGACGGAAGUCGGCAGUAGUGCCACGACGAUUGAAAUACGCUUCCGCAAGCAUUACUUCAGCGAUCAGAAUGGAGUCGUGACAACGUACACGAUUAUAAUUGCCGAAGAUGAUUCGAAGAAUGCGUCCGGGUUGGAGAUGCCCAGCUGGCGCGAUGUGCAAUCGUACAGUGUUUGGCCACCGUAUCAGGUUAUCGAACCGUACUACCCGUUCAAGAACAGUUCUGUUGAGGAUUUCACCAUCGGUACGGAGAACUGUGAUGCGAAGAAGACAGGAUACUGCAAUGGUCCGCUGAAAUCGGGCACCACGUACAAGGUGAAGGUGCGUGCUUUUACGGCGCCGGAUAAGUUCACCGAUACAGCCUAUAGUUAUUCCAUUCGUACAGCUCUUCUUUCGGUGGAUGCACAAGACAAUACGUCGCUCAUCGUCUCUAUCACAGUGCCAUUAUUGAUCAUUGCAAUGCUGGUUGGUUUGGUGCUGUUCCUACGACGACGGCGACACACCAGUCGAAAAACCACCGAACAACGGACCAAUGACAAUAUGUCCCUGCCGGACAGUACCAUCGAGACGAGUCGUCCAGUGUUGGUGAAGAAUUUUGCCGAACACUAUCGCAUGAUGUCAGCUGAUUCCGAUUUUAGAUUUAGCGAAGAAUUCGAAGAACUUAAGCAUGUCGGCCGUGACCAACCAUGUACAUUUGCGGAUCUGCCGUGCAAUAGGCCUAAGAAUCGAUUUACCAACAUUUUACCAUAUGACCAUUCCCGAUUUAAACUACAACCCGUAGACGAUGAGGAAGGCUCGGACUAUAUCAAUGCAAAUUAUGUGCCGGGUCAUAACUCGCCGAGAGAAUUUAUUGUAACACAAGGCCCGUUACAUUCGACGCGGGACGAUUUCUGGCGGAUGUGCUGGGAGAGUAAUUCACGUGCAAUUGUGAUGCUGACGCGCACCUUUGAGAAAGGUCGCGAGAAGUGCGAUCACUACUGGCCGCACGAUACCGUACCAGUAUAUUACGGUGACAUUAAAGUGACACUACUUAACGACAGCCAUUAUCCCGAUUGGGUCAUCACAGAGUUUAUGAUGACAAGAGGUGAGCAACAGCGUAUCAUACGCCAUUUCCACUUCACGACGUGGCCCGACUUUGGUGUGCCAAAUCCUCCUCAAACGCUUGCACGAUUCGUGCGAGCAUUCCGCGAACGUGUCGGGCCCGACCAACGGCCCAUCGUGGUGCACUGCAGUGCCGGCGUCGGCCGAUCAGGCACCUUCAUCACACUGGACAGAAUAUUGCAGCAAAUACAGGUGUCCGAUUAUGUUGACAUCUUCGGCAUCGUCUGGGCAAUGCGAAAAGAACGUGUCUGGAUGGUACAAACGGAGCAGCAAUAUAUAUGUAUUCAUCAGUGUUUGCUGGUCGUGCUGGAGGGUAAGGAGGGCACGGAGCGUGAAAUUCACGACAAUCAGGGCUACGAAGAGCCCCGAGAUGACGAUGAUCAGCAAUCGGAAGAACAGCUGCUGAUAGAAAAUCGUUCAGACGACGAUCUGGAUGAGUUGGCGGUCCGCGAACAACAUCAAGCAAAUGGUACCCCAGGUGCUCUGGAGCAUCAUGAGCUCGAUCGCCGAAGAAGUGGAACUGUUGAGAUAAUCGACAAUGAGUUGGCCAUGAUAGACCAACCCAAUUUUACCACGGGAGAAACGACUGAAGAGGAACUUCUGGAUGACGAGGAAGAAGUUGAGGUGACGGUUGAUGGGUUAAUGGUUGUAUCGAGAAAACCGUCCCAUGCUAGUUCCACCGUGGUCAACAACAUCGUUGAUGGUCAACAACAUCAGCAGCACCAGCAACAGCUCCACACUAGCAACUCCUGCAGCAAUAACGAGCGUGAUCCGUCCUCAUCCGGGCACGACGAACGGUCUAUUAGUAGCAGUGGAACAAACAGCAAUAACAGUGCCAACAGUGGGUAUGAAUCCAGCCCUCACAAACGCCGUUCCAUGCCGGCCGCCAGUCAAGAACGGGUGCACGAUCGACGAUCGCUAAGCUUCUCCACCGGUGGAGGAGAAAUCAUUACCAAGGUGGACCCAUCGAAUGUGGAUUCCAUGCAGCAGCAGCAUCACGCAGGUGGACCACAACCCCAACAGCAGCAAAUUCUCCCGCCAUCGCAGCAGCAGCAACAUCACGCCCAUCAGCCAACGGUCGGUGGUGGGAAGCUGUGGAAGGAAGAAAGAUGACAGUUGGAGAACGAUAGCGACAAUCGAAGCAGCGGCCGUAGCAGCAUCGUGAUCGCUAUCAACGACAACGACAGCCAUGUAAAUAGCAAUGCCUCGAAUGUCGUCAUACUGCGGGCGGAUGGUGACGAUGACGAUCGCACGAU